UCCAAACUCGGUUAAUGUAAACAUUUUUAUUUUUUUUUGCUGGAUUUUUUUUUUUGAAUUUUGUUCCCUGGAAAAAUAAAAUAUGUUGAAAACACUUAUAAAACGAAUGAAGACGAAGUUAAGUUGCCGUAAAGAAUCGAACUUUGUUGGAAAUGAUUGUUUAAACAUGUUAGAUCGGAACAACAGUACAAUCGUAACCCGUUCGGCGGCGAAAAGAAGGAAAAUCGAAGAAGACGAUGACCGAUACCAGAACUCUGCCGUCAAGACGAGCUUGCUCAGCUUGUCGGACGACGUCCUCCUUAUUAUAUUCUCUUAUCUACCUCCGGCGGAUCUCCUUUCUCUAAGCAAAUGUUGUCAAAGAGUGGCGAACGUCGUCUGUGACAGAAGUCUAUGGGAAAGGGUUGAUUUGCGUAAAACAAGGUUAACACUCGGAGAACUAGAAAAUUACACAAGAUACUUGCAAAAGAACACUAAAUUUUUGGCUACAAGGGGGUUUGAAGAAGCUCCAUUAAUAGAUCCUCGUAAGGCGACCAUUUCAAAGGAUGUUUUAAAAAGUAUUAUUAAAAAUGCGCCGAACCUGGAGACAUUGAUUAUGGAAAAUCAUGCUAUAGAUUGUGUCAAGGUGACUUUAGAGGAGUUUCCACCGAAUCUUUUGGUCUUGAGAAUGCACAAAUGCCAGAUGAUCCGAAUGCCUCAGGAAAGGUCGUAUUUCUACAAAUUGGACAAAGUUCUUCCACACCUUAAGGUUUUGGACUUAACCGAUUGUAUUUGGUUUGUGCCACACACCCUUCUUGCCCUUAGUAAAAGCCCUAAACUUGAACAGCUGAUCCUAAAAGGAUGUAAUGUAACAGAAUGCUUACCUUAUGCAAGCCUUGCUGCCAAUUUUGGUUUUUCUGUUCUCAAGACCCUUGACCUUAGGAAUACAAGUGUUACUGAUAUCGAAGUAACCUGUUUUAAUCGGACCACAUCAUUAAGGAAUCUUUAUCUUGGUGCUUAUCCAGGAGAUGCCAAUGAAGAUUCACACGUAACGGAUUAUAGCAUCACUACUUUUGGAGGUGGAGUUCAGGAGUACGGCGAUCGCGGGUUUCGGGAGAGAGGUGCUAUUGGUAUCGAUAUAAGAGAUGAAGUCGUAAUUAUCGAUGUCAGUGCUUGCCCUCGCCCUAUAUGUCGUCUAGAAUCUUUGAUACUUCAAAAUUAUCCUGGAAUAACGGAUCGAUCUCUUAACCAUGCAGUGACAUCUAUGCCGGACCUAAAGUUUCUUGAUGUAUCCCAUACUGGUGUUACUAGAACUGGAGUACAAACAUUUCGAGAAUCCAGACCUGAAGUUAAACUUAUUUCCACACUCGUCUGAUACUACAUAUGUACUCAUACUACUAUACUAUAUAAAACUAUUAUACAAUAUUGUACAAUACAAUCAAAUUUUUAUUUAUUUGUUUAUUUCUUAGAGUAUAAAUAAUUACAACCAGUUAUUUAUUUUUAAAGUUGAAUUCUGUAAUAAUUGCCUUCUUUGUGUAGGUUGUCUAAAUCAGGUGUUAAUGGAUUUUUGUGAUGAGUAUUGGUCGUACAACUGUUUGUCAUAAAUAUAUAUGUAUAUUCUACCAUUUGCUUUUUACUUGAAUUUAUGUACAUAGUGUAAUUAAGAUAAAAAAUAUUCAUAAUAACAUUCUAGUUUAAUAUAAAUAUAUGAUUAUUAUGCAUAUGUGAUAAAGCAUCAAGCAAUUCCAAAAAUUAGUGACACUUGUUGGUACUAACAAAAUCUAUUGUAAAAUGUUGCAUUCAUUGGGUUUUUAUGUGGAAGAUAAUAUUAUAUUGGUUGAAUAUGUAGUGUUAGUAUAAAGUAGUACUAUAAUUAAAAUUGUAUUUGAAAAGUGAAAUUUUCAGAUAGAGAAUUAAUGUUAGCAAGUAUUCAAAAUAUUUUUACAAUUAACACUGCCAUUUUUCUUUAGAGAAUCUAGUGACUAUUACAUUCCAGAAAAUAAAAACUUCAUUUUGACAUAGCAUUUAAUCACUUAGUCCAAGGACAAUUUUGCAUUCACAAUUUUAAUGAUUCAAUUGUAUAUUUAUAUUUAUUUUGAACCAAAUGCAUAAUAGAGAUUAAUGUUCUUAGUGCAUAAACAUACA